AUGACUCACUACGUGUUUUGGCCGCAGCAUUUGAAACUUCAUGAUAAGAAAGGCAACUUGGAGGCCGUCGCAAUUACUCUUAGAGGAACUGAUCAUGUGGUCAUUGACAUUGUUCCAUGUGAGUUGCUGAAAGGGACUUUACUGGAAUUACCUUACUCCUCAAUUGCUACAAAGGUUUCUACUGAAUGGCAUUUUAAGGUCGAUGUGUACCAGGUUAUCGAAUUUAGAGCACCAAAUUUACGAAUUUUGCAAUUCUUCUCGUUAGAUCCCAUCUCUUUGACGUUACCAGAGAAAGAGAUUGGUGCGAAUGAGAAGUCUUCCGUUAAUGAUAAUGUAUGCAAGCUGUGGGAUCAUCCAAGAUAUCAAAUGCAUGACAAAAAACUACGACAAACCUUAAGCCUUCUGAACUUGUACCAUACGCAUGAGACUGCCUUUCGGGAAAAGUAUCCGAAGUUGAGCAGCCAUAGAGGAACACUCGGAAGCAGGUUAUGGGGCUCCAUGAAAAGACUUUAUAGAGUUUCUCGGUUAAAAACUCUGGUAAGUUACCUGGGUCUUUAUCUAACUGCGAUUAUUUGCCAACUCGCUUUGUACACUUACAAAGCAUUGAACUGGCAGUAUUUAAAAUUUGUCAAUUUGUCAGUGAUGGCACAGCAGAUUGAUCUAAGGUGCCAACAAAUUUGUUACUUUCCCGUACAGUACCUCCGAAUUAAUAUGAACAUGACGUUACGCAAGGCGCUACCGCGCUUCAGAACUUACUCGGAGGCAUCUGCAAAUCUUAGAAAGGAUUUGCCAUCAAACUAUUAUCCUGAUUAUAUUCGAUUUUACAAUACUGUUUGGCUUUUCUUGAAUGAUAUGUCGUUUGGACUUAUUUUUGCUGCUUUUUUAUUCGAAUGGUGUGAUAGCUUUUCAAAGAUACUGCAUCGAAUUAUAACAUUCUGUCUUUAUGACCUGAUGAAGUCAGUCACAAUUUCUUUAGCAAAUAACCCGUUAGGCAUAAAGCUCAAUGAGGAAUUGGCAAGAUUUUUGAGCGAUCUCUUUCUCUGGAUCAUUGAGUUCUCAAACACAAUGCUGCUAGAACCUAUGGCAAAUCCUGAGACUUUGAGCUUGCUACUCAGAACAGUGGGAAAUUUGGGAUGCGUGCUUGGCGGUACAUUUGCACUUUCAGUUUUUGUUGAUUAUUUUUCUAUCCUAACAGUCCACGUUUACAUCUUUUACCACAUCAGCAGCAAGAUUUACCAUUGGCAGAUCAGUAUCAUGAAAAGUCUGUUCUACUUAUUUACCGGUAAGAAGAGGAAUGUUUUGCGUGAUCGAAUCGAUAUCAACUUUUUCCAGCUGGAUGAGUUAUUGCUGGGAACAAUUUUCUUCAUCAUACUAGUCUUUCUCACCCCCACAGUUCUUGCUUUCUAUUACUCGUUCACUGUGUUCCGUUUGGUAACCAUAUGUGUCCAAAUCGCUGUGGAGUCGGUAAUUGCACUGCUAAAUCAUUUCCCACUGUUUGCGCUACUUCUGAGGGUGAAAGACCCACGGCGGAUUCCCGGUGGUAUAUCAAUUCAAGCUAUUGAGGGCCCCACUGUGCGGUUCGAACUCAAAAACCGCCCGCUAAGCAUCACAAACAUGUUCAAACCGUACCUCGCCCUGAUCGACCAAAUGAGACACACAUACUUCUCGCCCAAGACCAUAAAACAGAUCCUCGCUGGACGGCCUUUCGUAAUGCAUAGAAUUAAGUUGUACAAAGUGUUGUACUCCUCGCUGCCGACAACUCCAGUCGAGAUAAAGACUUUGUACAGUCAAUUGUCCCAACUACUAACAAGCGCAUAA